AAAACAAAAACAAAUAUCAAUUCUUGACAUUGUCAUAUACCACAAAAACUAGCAUAUUAGCCGACCCCAAUCAUUCGGAUUAACUAAUAUCGUGAUCAUUAUGGUUACUAGAGUUAAUGAUGAGUUCGAAACAAAAAAGUUCGGAGAUUUACCGGUGGAUACAGAGAACAAGGCAAUGAUAUUUCCUCUGUUCUCUGUAGCAAAGCCUCAUAUGAGAGCAUUCCAUUUGAGUUGGUUUACAUACUUCACAUGUUUCAUAUCAACUUUCGCUGCACCACCUCUCUUACCCAUAAUCCGUGACAACCUCAAUCUAACCGCCAAUGACAUUGGUAAUGCCGGUGUUGGCUCGGUAGCCGGGGCGAUCUUCGCCCGUCUCGCCUUAGGUGCCGCCUGUGACAUGGUGGGCCCGCGUCUUGCUGCUGCAACAAUCUGUUUCAUAACAGUCCCUGCUGUUUUCCUCUCUUCAAUGGCCAGUUCGCCUACAGCGUUUUUCAUAAUGCGGUUCUUCACUGGUUUUUCAUUGGCUACAUUUGUGUCAACCCAAUACUGGAUGAGUUGCAUGUUCUCUCCGAAAGUAGUCGGGCUUGCGAACGGGCAGUCGGGCGGGUGGGGCAACCUCGGCGGAGGUGUAGCCAACUUAGUCAUGCCGUUUCUUUAUAGCUUUAUCCUUAAUAAAACACCGGCCGACACGCCGUUCACGGCGUGGAGGGUGGCGUUUUUCAUCCCCGCCGGCCUACAAAUGUUUUCGGCUUAUGCAGUCAUGCUUUUCGGGCAGGAUCUUCCUGACGGAAACUUCCUGCAAAUGCAGAAAUCUGGUGCAAUGCACAAAGACAAAGCUUCCAAGAUUGUAUACCAUGCAGUCACAAAUUACAGGAGCUGGAUUACUGCUAUAGGGUACGGGUUCUGUUUCGGGGUUGAGCUAGCCGUAACAAACGUUGUUGUUUACUACUUCUAUGACAGAUUCAACCUGAACCUGAACCUAGCAGGGAUUGUUGGUGCUCUUUUCGGGAUGGUUAACAUCUUCUCCAGGUCUUCCGGUGGUUGGUUUUCCGAUUUCAUGGCGAAGAAGUUCGGGAUGAGGGGUAGAUUAUGGGGUUGGUGGACUGUGCAGACACUAAGUGGUGUAAUGUGUAUCGUUAUGGGACGCAUGAACACUUUAAGCUCCACCAUUGCUGUUAUGAUGAUCUUCUCCUUUUUAGUUCAAGCAGCUGAAGGACUCACAUUCGGGGUCGUUCCUUUUGUCUCCAGAAGAUCAUUGGGCGUGGUUUCGGGAUUGUCUGGAGCAGGUGGAAAUGCGGGUGCAGUGAUAUGUCAAGUGAUUUUCUUUAGAGGAUCACAAUUCAAAAUAGAACACGGGUUAACUUACAUGGGUAUUGUGAUCAUAGCAUGUACCCUUAGCUUAGGUACCAUAAACUUCCCACAGUGGGGCGGUAUGUUUUGCGGUCCAAAACCAAAUGUCACAGAAGAAGACUACUACAUGAGGGAAUGGGAUGCUGAAGAGCAGGAGCAAGGGCUUCAUAGGGUAAGCAUGAAGUUCGCGGAAGGCAGCCGGAAUGAGAGAAGCUCGAAAGUAAUUUCUGUUACAGAAGAAGAAGAUAGCACACCAACACCAGUUAAUAAUGUCUAGCUACUCACUCUGUACAGAAAUUAUCUUUCUCCAUGAUUGGCUUUCUGUUGUAUUAUUGUUCAUAUAGUUGCAAUGAUGCCAUGAGAUGAAGAUUACGG